ACAGAAUAGUGUUAUUCUCAUCUGAGUGUCAGCUGAAGAAGAUUCAGCGCAAAAUGUGGAAGAUGGUUUGAGACCCGCUGAACUCCUCUAUAUUAGUUACUAUUUAUGGACAUUCAGUAUUUAUCGGGAUCAUAUCCCAUCAGUAUCAUUUUUUCAGGAUCUGUCAUAGGCGUGGUUAAUUACCGGAACAGAAGCUGGCCGCGUAUAUUUGUAAAUAAGAGACAGUGGAUGUUGACAUCUGUAACGUGGACUUUAAACAUGCUGCUUUGACACAAGUGAUGUUACAUCGCCAGUAUGGAGUCUGUUAUAUUUUACUUGCUUUACAUGCUGUUGGCUUUAUUUUCUGUCCAUUGUGCGGUGAAACCAGGAUCUACAGAAGAAGUCUUGAGAAAUCAGGAAGAGGCGCGAGAGUAUAAUACCCUCGACUCCUUACUUUUGGACUUUGAGAUUCUGCCUGCAUCAGGGCUCCAGCUUCACUCGGUCAGAAAGAGGGACGCUGACACCCGGUCACAUGUGGAGCGACUGGUCAGCUUCACGGCACUCCAGAGGCACUUCCAGUUGUACUUGACGACGAACACUGAGCUUUUCACAGAUGACUUCAAAGCUGUGUUUGUAGACAAGUAUGGAAUUGAGGACCAAUAUGACGUUCAGUUGCAAAAUUACUUUAAAGGACAUGUAGUUGGAGAGGAACACUCCCGUGUGCAGGCACACAUCGAUGGGGAGGAGUUUUCAGCCCACAUUCUCACUGAUGAAGCUGAAUACAAUGUAGAGCCUUUGUGGCGGUUUGCAGAGACGCCUCCUGAUGGCCGUUUGCUGGUGUACCGUUCAGAGGACAUAAAGAACAUCAGUCGACUAUCCUCACCCAAAGUGUGCGGAUAUUUGAAUGCUGAUACCCAGGAGCUUCUGCCUGCACAGGCGAGAGCAGUGGAAGAAACUGAACAGGAGGAAGAACCUCACCAUAUAGAGAGGAGGUCUGCACAUGACCACAAGAAAAACACCUGCCCUCUGCUGUUAGUGGCAGACCAUCGCUUUUACAAGAAUAUGGGCCGUGGAGAGGAGAGCACCACCCUCAACUACUUGAUUGAGCUGAUAGACAGAGUGGAUGAUAUCUACAGGAACACAUCCUGGGAUGAUGAGUAUAAAGGAUAUGGUGUGCAGAUUCAGCAGAUAAUCAUAAACAAGGAGCCCACAAAAGUUGGCCCAGGGGAGGUUCACUACAACAUGGAUGGCAGCCCAUUACAAAGAAAAGAUGGUGUGUGGGACGUGAAGAAGCUUCUAGAACAAUUCAGUUAUGACAUUGCAGACAAUGCCUCUCAAGUUUGCCUUGCCCAUCUCUUCACCUAUCAGGACUUUGAUGAUGGGACUCUUGGUCUUGCAUACGUGGCCCCUUCCAAACCACAGGGAUUAGGAGGACUCUGCCCUAAACCCUACUUCCCAUCACAAACUGUCAGUAAACCCAGUUACCUGAACACUGGCUUAACUAGCACCAUGAAUUAUGGGAAGACUAUUCUGACUAAGGAAGCAGAUCUUGUAACCACUCAUGAGCUUGGCCACAACUUCGGCGCAGAACACGAUCCAGACAACAUAGCUCUCUGUGCGCCCAGUGAUGACCAAGGUGGCAAAUUUGUCAUGUACCCUAUUGCAGUAAGCGGAGAUCAUUUCAACAAUAAGCGCUUCUCCAGCUGCAGCAAGAUCUCUGUCAGUAAGACUUUGAAGGUCAAGGCCCGUCAGUGCUUCAAAGAGAGGAGCAGUAAGCUGUGUGGGAACUCUCGUGUGGAAGAGGAUGAAGACUGUGACCCUGGACUCCUUCAUCUCAAUGACGACCCUUGUUGCACUGCUAAGUGCAAAUUCAGGAAGAAGGCACAAUGCAGUGAUAGGAACAGCCCCUGCUGCAGGAACUGUAGGUUUGAAAGUGCAGAGAAGAUCUGUCAGGAGAACAUCACUGCCAACUGCAAGGGCAUGUCAAAGUGUACAGGCAACAGCAGCGAGUGCCCGGCUCCUGGCAACCUGGCUGAUAAUACAGUGUGUGUGGAUAAAGGCAGAUGUCGCAAUGGUGAAUGUAGGCCUUUCUGUGAGGCUGUUCAUAACCUUGAGUCCUGUGCCUGCAAUGAGACAGUGGAGUCGUGUAAAGUGUGUUGUAGAAACAGAGAUGGGCUGUGUACUCCCUUUGUUGUUAGUGAUGGAGAGUAUCUUUACCUGCGCAAGGGCAAACCCUGUACCGUUGGUUUCUGUGAUGGGGCAGGUAAAUGCAUGAAGCAAGUACAAGAUGUCAUUGAACGCUUAUGGGACUUCAUAGACAAACUGGAUAUCAACACAUUUGGAAAGUUUUUGGCUGACAACAUAGUGGGGUCUGUGGUGGUCUUCUCUCUCCUUUUCUGGAUUCCUCUAAGCAUACUGGUUCAUUGUGUGGACAAAAAACUGGAUCGCCAAUAUGAGGAGAACUCCAAAUCCUUGAUGUACCCUAGUAGCGUGGAGAUGUUGAACAGUCAGGAGACCGUUCCCCUCCGCAUCAUCAAGCCCCCUCUUCCGGCAUCGUUUUUAGCGGUAGCACGACCUCAGCCCUUAAUGGGCUCCGGCGUCUCACCGCCACAGGAGGCCGUUGCCGCCCAAGGCCACGCCAGCCUGUCCGCCGCACCCAGAGUGGAUCAGCCACGAAUGGACACCAUCGAGGAGGACCCCAGUGGCGACUCCUCUCACCUGGACGAGGGUGUGCCGGAGGAAGGCUUUCAUCCAAGCGCCACAGCUGCCAGGUCCUUCGAGGACCUCACCGGACAGGCAACACCAAACCAGGGAGACAAGAGACGGCUGACGAGACAGGCGCGCAUUGAUAGUAAGGAGACAGAGUGCUGACGACAGAUGGUCACACUACUCAUUAGUACACUUAUGCACCCUUAUUAGUGUGUAUGGUAGUCAAGAUCACUUGAUAGCACCCUUUAAUUACAUUACGUUCACUGAAAUUAGCCUUAAUAUGAUUAAGGUGCAAUCAGGUUUAAUUUUUAGGUGCAUUUGUGGGUUAAAAGACUUUGUGGUGUGUAGACUGCUAAAUAAUUUCAGUUCUAAUACAUUUUAUAGCAUUACUUUAUAAUAGAAUUGUACGUUACAAAGAUGGGGUCACUAAAAAGCAUCUAAAUGCCAGAGACUGCCAAUAUUAAUUACUAACAUAUUGUAAAGGUGAGAAUUAAAAGGAAUGUUUUGGGUUAAAUACAACGUACACUCCAUCAACAGUAUCUGUGCUAUCGAUUAGCACAGAAAAUAAUUUGAACUUGUCCCUCAGUUUGUAAAAAACAAAAAACAAGCAAAAAACAGGAAUACACUUAACAUUAGACCUCGAUUGCCCCAUAGAUUUGAAUUCUACAUGCAUAAUUGUCAAGGCAUUUUUAUGUUUGUUUUUACAAACAGAGGUAUGAGUAGAAAUUAUUUUCUAUGGUAUAAAAUCAUCAACAGCAUGCCACAGAUGCUGUCUGGAAUAUUCCUAUAAUGCAGUAUGUGCCUUGUAUCACUGUUUCAGUAGUAGUUCACCGUUUGGUAGCUACAGUUGCUUGACAGCAUUAAAAUAUUUGGACACAUCUCAUUAAUUUAUACCUCAUUAAGAAUAUGAGCAGCAAGACUACAGCACAGUUCUGUACAAGUAAUCACACUGUAAUGUUACACUGGUCUGAGAAAUUUUAAGCUAUGCAUAUCCUAUGUCAUAUGUACGUGAACUGCUAGAGUAGAUGUUAUUUGUAACCAGUUUUCUUGGAUAUUUUCUUAAGACUUUAUGAUAGAAUUUGCACAGGUUGUUUAAAUGUGUUUUUGCAUUUUAAGAUUUGUUCAUCUCAUGGCGUGACAAUUUCUUUGGUAAUAUAAAAGAUAUAAAUAUAUGAAUCUCUGUAGAGCUGAGGGAUGUGCAUAUUAUUCCACAGAAGAAACAAAAAUCAUCAUACUUUUUCUUUCUUUCUCAUCUUGCCACCAUUACGGUUGUAAACUAGAUGAGACCAAAAGCAAAUUGUAUUUUAGAAGGAUUAGGGACUAGUAUUCUUCCCACUGGGUGAAAUGUCUGGCUAUAAAUAUUGCAGUUAAAUAUUUUGGUGAAUUUUUGUGAAGGUGAGUUAUAUUUUUCAUGUGCCAUAAGUCAAUGAACUAAAUAUAUAUUUGUAAUGUUUCUUAUAUUCCUGUAUAUCAGAUCAGAGGUAUGAUCUCAUUUGAUUGAUGAUGUCAUUCUGCCAUCAGUCAAUGUGUGUUUCAGAUGCUUUGUAAUAUGUUACAUUAAAUUUACUCUUUAUUCUUCG